AUGUCUGGUAAUUGUUUUCUUAAUCGUGCUAAUGAUUUAUGCUAUGAUCUAAGUGAAGCAGAUACAAAUGAAGAACUCUGUACUGGAUCAUACUAUUCAGAUGAUGAUAUAAAAGAACUUGAUGGAUUUGUAUAUGCUGAAAAUUGUCGCCCUGUAAAUGUAGUACCAAAACGAUGUGAUUUUGAUUGUGGUCUUGGUCAAGAAUGUCAAUGGAUCAAUGAUGUAGAAAUGUGUGUAUGUAGUGAAGCAUCAUGUACUUCAUCAGAUUCAUUAUCAUCUAAAAUUGAACAACAUCCAUUAUGUGCAUCGAAUAACAUGACAUUUAGUUCGGAAUGUGCAAUGGAAGCUUGGAAAUGUUUCAAUCAACGAUCAGCAUUAUAUAAAAAAUAUGAUGGUGAAUGUCAAAGGGAUUGUCGAAAUGUUCGAUGUCCACCUGAUAAAGUUUGUUUAUUAGUUCAAAAUACAGGUGAACCAAUAUGCUAUCCAAAAAGUCAUUGCGAUCCAACCUUAGAUCCUGAACCAGUUUGUGGUACAAAUGGUAUUACAUAUCCAAAUAUUUGUGUCAUGCGUCUAAGUUCUAAUCGACAAGGUCAAACACCUCAAUUAGCUCAUAAAGGUUCUUGUGAAAAUGAAUGUCGACCAGGUUUAUGUCAAGCAAAUGAACGUUGUGCGUACUCUAAACGAUAUCGUCCAGUUUGUAUACGUUGUCAAUAUUCUUCGAAAUUUUUAAUGCAUAGUGGUGAAUGCAGUGUAGAUAUUCCAAUAUGUGGUGAUGAUGAAAAUUUAUAUAAAAAUUAUUGUUCUCUAUUAUUUGCCCAAUGUGACAAAAAUACAUAUAUUAAUAUAACAGGUUAUGGUACAUGCCCGACUAUAAAACAUAAGAAAAUUAAUCGAAAUAAAUUCAAAUCUGUAAAUCGAAUUCCAAAAUUGAAAAUGAAUUGA